GGCAGUCGGCUCACGGAGGCCCCGGGCCAGCGAGCAACGGAAAGGCUCUGGCCCGACCCGAGAAACUCAACCAAACCUCGCCACCGCCGCACCGCCCCCUUCCAGAACUCGCCGCCGCCACCCGCCGCGCCGCCGGAGCCAGCCAGCCAUGACGACGCGCAUCGCGCCGGGCGUGGGCGCGAACCUCCUCGGGCAGCACUCCGCUGAGCGCAACCAGGACGCCACCACCUACGUCGGCAACCUCGACCCGCAGGUUUCUGAGGAGCUACUGUGGGAAUUGUUUGUACAAGCAGGCCCUGUUGUUAAUGUGUAUGUCCCAAAAGACAGAGUUACAAAUUUACACCAGGGAUAUGGAUUUGUAGAAUUCAGGAGCGAGGAAGAUGCAGAUUAUGCCAUUAAGAUUUUGAACAUGAUCAAACUAUACGGAAAGCCAAUAAGAGUAAACAAGGCUUCUCAGGAUAAGAAGAGCUUAGACGUCGGAGCAAAUCUUUUUAUCGGUAAUCUUGAUCCGGAUGUUGAUGAGAAGCUCCUCUACGAUACCUUUAGUGCAUUUGGAGUGAUUGUAACUAAUCCUAAGAUAAUGCGAGACCCUGAAACGGGAAAUUCCCGAGGUUUCGGCUUUGUGAGCUAUGACUCCUUUGAAUCAUCUGAUCAAGCAAUAGAGGCCAUGAACAACCAACAUUUAUGCAACCGGCCAAUCACUGUCUCUUAUGCUUACAAGAAAGACACGAAAGGAGAGCGCCAUGGCACACCAGCAGAGCGACUGCUGGCUGCAAACAACCCAGGAUCUCAGAAGAACAGGCCACACACGAUGUUUGCAAGUGGUCCACCGACCCAGGGGCUUCCAAAUGGUGGUGCAGCUAUGCCACGGCCUUUUGGCAAUGGUUCAAUCCCGGGUCAGAUUCCACACGUUCGACCACCACCACCACCAGUUCCUGUUGGACAAUUCCCCCCUCCAAUGCAGAUGCAUGGGCAGCCCGGUUGGCCUGCUCCUCCACAAACUGCACCACCCCCCAUGCCACCGCAACUCCAGUACAGGCUUCCGAUGAGGCCACCACCACCAAAUAUGAUGCCCCCUCCGGUUGGCAUGGUAAGGCUGCCGCCACCUCCUGCUGGUAUGUCAGCUCCACCUAUGUGGAUGCCGCCACCGCCUCCACCCCCGCAACAAGGUGGUGGAAUGCCACCACCUCCUAUGUCCAUGCCACCACCGCCUCCACCACAUUCAGGUUAAACAUUUGCAGGGGAAGGUGCCAUCGGGUCCGAUAUGCACGCCGUAGCUGUAGACUGAGGAUGUUGGUGCUUUUUGUAUACCGCCAUGUAACUUGCAAACACUAGGUGAAGAUCAAGAUUGCGAGAGUUUAGCUGACAGAGAUACACAUUUCUCAAGAUUAACUAUUAUUUGUGGUCUGUUGAAGAUGAAUGAAUUUUGUGAAUAUAUGUAACAUCAUUUCGUGGUUUCUAAUGUUGUGCUCUGUUUAGAAA